AUGAGCUCUCUCACAGCUCCCCGGAUCCGGCGCACGGCGCAAAACACACAAUUUACAUACAACCUCUCACGGCGCGUAAACGAUGUACAGACCUACCCCGUCCAGUCCCCUCAAGGUGCGACCAUCUUAAUAUACGGCCACGAGAACGGUGUCACUCUGGUGUGGCGAGGAGGAAAGCGACUCAAGCCAGCCAAGAAAGCACCCCCGAAGGAGAAACAGAAUGGAUCUAUCGAUGAUUCGGUGAUGAUCAUCGACUCGGACGACGAGGAGCCGCCGGCCAAGGCCAAAACUUCAGUCAAGUUUGAGGACAAACCCCAGUUCGAGGACGAGAUUGAAGAAGGCCCAUACCCCGAGAUUGUGCAGACGCUGGAUCUGGCGCUUGGUACUGCGGUGCUCAAGGUGGCAGUGAUGCCCAUGACUCCAACGCCCGCAGAGGAUGCAGCCUGGGGAGGAGCCAAGAUCCUGACGGAGAGGAUGGUCUUUGCCGUGUCGUGCGUCACCAACGAUGUCUACCUCAUCACACUGCCCUUGACACCCCCAUCGCCAGAAAGCAAGGAGAGGCCAGAGCUUGGAAACGAUCUACUGGCCGGCAAGGCUGGAUCUGGAGCUUGGGGCGAGUCGCUCAUCCUGCUAGGUGGCCAGGCCAAGCACAGCGAGGGUAUCGCUAUCAACUUGGUCAUGCCAAAGGCGUCAGAGCGGCCAGGUACAAAAUCACGAGCUGUCGUUGCCUCUCACUCUCGUGAGGCUUCAGGAACUCUCCGACUAUGGGAUGUUCCUCUGGACCCCAAGGACACACCGGUGAACGCCGUCGAGCCUUUCCAGACGGAGUAUUUGCCAAGCCCUCUCACGACUAUUUCCUUCAACUCCACACAUACAACACAGCUGCUUGUUGUAUCUUCCCUACAAGGCGUGCGAAUCUACGACUUUGCGCUCCCAUCACUACCCCCGGACCCUGAUGCCACUGGCCCCUUCCCUGUACAGGGCUCCUGGCUUCUCACCCUCUACCAGCCUUUUGCUCGACCAUCGUCGACGAGAAAACCAAUCCUGGAUGCCGCAUGGAUAGCCCAUGGCCGUGCCGUGUUUGUGCUACUUGCUGACGGCACCUGGGGAAUCUGGGACAUUGACGGUGUCAGCCCUGAUUCGUCUGGUGCUGCCCUCUCGAAUAAGCUCAAGCCUGGCGUUCGAGGUGCUGCACUGACGGCGUUUAGCGUGUCUGGCUUUGUCGAGGGAACUAGCUCGUUGCGAAGCGUUACGACUCAGAGCAAGGAGAACAGCAACGGGGACUUUGCACCCAUGACGCCUCACACUCGUCGCCAAGCUACGGCCUCCCUCAGCUCCGCCAUGACCCUCGAUCGCCUGGCUACCAUCCGGGGCGGAGUAACAGUCACACCCCUACCAACCAACGGCAAUGCCGUUCAGGAAGAGAGCUUGGCGCUCUGGGUGGGCGGCUUAGACCAUGUUUGCAUCAUCCCUGGUGUUUCACGGUUCUGGGAGUCCCAGCUCCGCAAAGGCGCCGGUACUGGCGUCGAUCUGUUCAGCAGCGCUCAGCCGACGAGGAUGAUCAAGCUCCUUGAUUUGUCUACUGGUCUACUUGGUGAACGUUGUUGUGGCGUUGGACUCGCUGUGGACGCCUUGAAACAUGGGAACGGCGCUAGCCUGGAUGGAGGCCUCCCCGCAGAUGUCUUGAUCCUUGGUGAAACGAGGAUCGUCAUUGUGCGAGAGGGAGAGGAUGGUCCAGGUAGAAAGAUUGGCGGGGUUGUCAGCACCCGAAAGCGAAGACUCUUUUCCAAGGGAGACAAGUCAGACGCCAUCAUCGUCCACGGCAAGCAGGACAAGUCGACAAGAAUCUCCUUCAACCUCAGCACUAUCAAGCCCGGAACUCUCCGAAAGCCGUCCCUGUUUGGACAGGAUGAGAGCACUGGGGAUUUGACAAAGUCACAAGACAACCUGCCUCAGUCGUCUCGGCCACAGGUGGGAUUCGAUUUUACGGAUACCCUGAGCGCCGCGGCAGAUCUGACUGAGGACUUUACAACAAGAGAUGUGGAGGUUGAAAUGCUCGAUAUUAUGGAGAUUGACAAGACUCUGGAUAGCAUGCAGGGCAGGGGGAGAAAGCUCCUGUUUGACAAGCAGUGA